AUGUCAAGCCUCUUCAAGACGCAGUAUAGCCUCUUCGACACGCACAUUGGUCUGACUUUCAUCGCGAACGGCGUCGGCUCCAUGAUCGGCACUCUCGUCACGGGAAGAAUACUGGACAUCGAUUACCGAAGCGUAAAAGCGAAACACGACGCCGACAACGAGGCCAACAACACUGUUCUCAACGCCGCCAUUAAUCGGGGUUUUCCCAUCGAAAAGGCCCGCCUCCGCCUCAUUCCCAUCUUUUCCCUUCUCCAAUGCGCUUCCAUCGCCAUCUUCGGUUGGACAAUCAAUUUUCCACGUCAAGUGCACAUUGCCGUGCCAAUCAUAUCAACCUUUGUCACGGGCUGGACUGCCGUCUCGACCCAAUCCCUUGUCAUGACAUACCUCAUUGACGUGUUCCCCGACCGAAGCGCUGCCGCAAGCGCCAGCCUCAACCUCGCCAGGUGCUUGCUUGCUGCGGGUGGCACGAGCUUCGUAAUGCCGAUGGUGAACGGCAUCGGAGUGGGGUGGGCGUUUACUGUAUGUGUUGGUAUGCAGUUGGCGGCCCUUGUGGGUGCGGGUGUGCAGUGGAAGUUUGCCGCGAAAUGGAGGCGUGAGGCGCGAAAUUAG